AUGGGCUUCAUUGCUGGCAACUCGGCCAAAGUCAAGCGUUGGGAUGAGCCCCAUCUCAACUUCGAUACCCAACCUACCUCUUCUUUUUUCUUCUUUGCAACGGAGUUUCAUCUCGCUCCAACCUAUGCAGUGCCAUGCGGCCCAUCUUCAGAAGAGGUCGCCUAUGCCAUACGAAAGCUGCGCAACAACAAGGCACCCGGAGAGGGCGGUAUACGCAUUGAAGUCUACAAGUCUUGUGCCGACACUCAGGCUCCAUGA